AUGAGCUCCCUAAACUACUCCCCUCCUGUUAAAGAAGAGGAGGAUGUUACAGUUAAACAAGAAGUAGAAGGUGAGGCUGUUACCGUGAAAGAAGAAGAGAAAGACGUUACAGAGAAAGAAGAGGAAGACGCGUUCAGAGUGAAAGAGGAGGAGGAUGUUACAGAGGAGACAGGAGAUCUGAGUAACACCAGAGAGAGACCAGACUCUCCCUCUGACAGCGGGAAGAGUCCUUCAGGGGAAUCAGACCCAGGGAAGAGUCCAUCAGGGGAAUCAGACCCAGGGAAGAGACAUCAUCACUGCUCCCACUGUGGAAAGAGUUUUACCAAGUUAGGGAACCUGAAUAGGCAUGAGAGUACACACACAGGAGAAAAACCUUUCCAAUGCUCCCACUGUGGAAAGAGUUUUAACGAAUUAGGGUACCUAUUAAUACAUAAGAGAAUACACUCUGGAGAGAAGCCUUACCACUGCUCCAAAUGUGGAAUGACUUUUACCUGGUUAGGGAGCCUGAAAACACAUGAGAGAAUUCACACUGGAGAAAAUCCUUUCCAAUGUUCCCACUGUGGAAAGAAUUUUACCCAGAGAGAAGCAUUAUCAAUGCAUGCCAGGACACACACAGGAGGGGAUAAGACCAACCACUGCUCCCAGUGUGGAAAGAGAUUUAACCGGUUAAGGCAUCUGAAUAAGCAUGAAAUAAUACAUACACAGGAGGAGAAGACAUACCACUGCUCUCAUUGUGGAAAGACAUUUUCCCAGUCAGAGGACCUGAAAGCACAUGAGAGAAUAGAGAGGCUGUGUUCUGACUUAUGCUUUUGACUGAGAAUUAGUGUUUUUGUUUAUACCACAUGAAAUUAUAUUGUUUAUAUGAAGUCUUCAACAAAAUAGGUUUACUUAAAAACAAUGUUUGUUUCAUUUCUAAAAUGAGAUUUAAAAAAUGAUGUACAUUGAUGUAUUGGAUACAAGUGUAAAGCCUUAGAUUUUCAUUUGAUGACUGGGAUAUUUGAAAAUGUUAAUUAUUAUAUAAGUAAUGUGGUGGAAAUUCUAACCAGAAAGAGAGAGACUGUAGAUUCUUCAAAUACCUUAUUUUAUGAUUAGAAUUCCAAUUGUGGAGCGGUUAACAAUCACACAACAGGUGCAACAGCCAAGAGCCCAACGAACAAGAGGUCUCCGCUUCUAGAACCUUUGUCUUCGUGGCAGUUUAGCAGGUGUGUGACAUCAUGAUGGGAACAUAGCGUACAAACAAGUGAUGAUGCCAGUUUUGUUGCUCCUUUCUGCUGAUAGACUUGUCGCUGCUGCUCAAGCUAGUCUCUGUUCUCUUCAUAUCUCCACACGGCUUUGACCUUGAAAGAAACGAAAAGAACUGGAUGGACCAAAAACUGGUCUCUCUCUGACGGCCCUUUGUCUUUGGCCACGUGACCAAGUUACUCAGAAACAAGAGAGGAAAAACACUGGUUUCUUCUGACAUGAGAGAAACAGACAGAGGAAAUGUACAGGUUUAAGGCUCAUACAGCGCAGGUGCAUAACAAAGUUUGUAAUUUUCCACGAUAGUAAGUAAGUAGCCUUGCAGGAGCCUUGGCUUGUCUGAUCCAGAACAGCUCAUAGUAACAGGAACCUUGGCUUGUCUGAUCCAGAACAGCUCAUAGUAACAGGAACCUUGGCUUGUCUGAUCCAGAACAGCUCAUAGUAACAGGAGCCUUGUCUUGUCUGAUCCAGAACAGCUCAUAGUAACAGCAACCUACUUCCCCUGGACAGGACUCUAGUCUAUAGAUCCUCUUAAUUUUUCACUGCUGCUCUUUAAUUAUUUUGUUAUCUUUAUUUCUCAUUUGUAUUUUUUGAAGUUAUUAUUAUUAUUUUUUUUUAACUGCAUUGUUGGUUAGGGCUUGUAAGUAUUUCACUGUAAGGUGACGGUCUACACCUGUUGUAUUCAGUGCAUGUGACAUAAGAUUUGAUUUGAUAGUCUAUUAAGUUGUUAUAUAGAUGAAUGAAUUUUGCAUUUCUUGAUUCCAACCUUGAAACCUCUUGAAUUGGAUUUGAUAUAUGAUUUGAAUAUUGCUAAAUGAAUUUGAUUGGAUACAUUUGCAGAUAAACAUAUUGGCACCGUU